UGUGAGUCCUGUGGUUGUUGUUUUGAUGGAGCUGCCAUUUUCAAGCUUAGUCUUUGUGGUUUUGUGGUUUUCUAUUAGCCACUGUACUCUUCUCGUCCAGUCUCAAUCUCAAAAUGGAACCGUCUCGAAACCCCCACCGCCACCAUCUUCGCAACCCCUACCGCCACUCCCACCGCCACCAUCGCCACCGCCUCCGCAAUCUUCGACCCUGUCACCGCCACCUCCCGAAUCUCCGACCCCGCCUCCAAACCCACCGCCUCUUCCAGAAUCUCCGAACAUGCCAUCCCCAUCAGAAUCUCCCCUGCCACCCGAUCGGCCUCCAAAUCAGAUCAGUUCCAAUAAUGAUUCGAAGAGGCCUCCUCCCCCACCAUAUAAGGGGCAGAAGCCUAAAAGUGGUCGUCGUGAACAUUCUCUGCCGCCCCAGCGAGGGCACAAGUACAACGCGGGGAAGAAGAUUGGGCUGCUAUUUGUUGGUACCGCUUCUAUUCUUCAGAUUGGGGUAAUUGGGUUCUUGGUUUUCAAGAGAAGGCAGCUUCUAAAAGUCAAGGAUAGAUAUGGGACUUGUUCUUGAAUAUUUUGGUAUCAGAUUUCACGCAAAUUCUUUUGUUUCGCUGAGCGCAUUGCAUUGGAAGUUCUUCGAUUGAGCACAUCAUACUGGGGCUUUUACUGAAUUUUCUUUGGUGAACGGGCGGCAGUGUAUGAAUCACAGACAGAUCUAUAUGGAUUGCAAAUGGAAUGGGGGAUUGGUGGCUGCUCCGAUCGGACUCCUCGCAGUUGCUCUGUAAAUGUGUUAUUGUUGCUUGAAAUUUUCUUCAUGUUUCUUUCUUUUUAUGUUGAUUUUUUUUUUUGUUCCUUGGCUUGUUUACACGGCUUAUAAUUUAAAGCACAAGAAACCAUUUUAGGAUUUGUGUCUUGAGCUACUGCCCUUUAUUUUUGUCCCUGCUAACUUUUGACCUUCUGACUGUAUAACAUUGUAGAAAUCAUGGAGAAUUACAUGACAAUAUCUAAUUUUCUCCCUUUACGAUGA